AUGUAUGCUUUCAACGACAAGAAAAAUAAUGAAGUAGUACAUAAAAUUGUUGUUCCUAAGUCACUGAGACCUAAGGUUAUGGCAAUUGCUCGCUUGGCUCAUCAAGGGUUAGCAAAAACUUAUGAGUUCAUUAAACAAAAAUAUUUUUGGGUAGGAAUGUAUGCUGAAACAUUGAAUUGGGUUUAUUCUUGUGAUAAAUGCAUUAAAUUGAAGCCUUAUGCUAUGCAAAAAGCUCCUUUAGGCAAAAAUUUUAUUCCUCAUGAACCAGGUCAUCAAAUUUCUUGCGACAUUUUGGGCCCCCUAGGGAAUGGACAAUAUGUACUUACUGUGCUUGACAAUUUCAGUAGACAUAUGCAAUUAUACCAAAUGUCGAACAUUUCUGCGGAAUCUGUUACAAAGCAUUUGUUUACAUAUAUAAGCAUUUUUGGGAGACCCGCUGUAAAUUUAACAGAUUUAGGCUCACAAUUUACAGCUGAAAUGUGUGAGACCUUGUCAAAAACAUUGGGUAUUAAACUAAGACACACUUCUUCAGGUAGACCACAAGCCAACGGAAAAAGUGAAAGGAUAAAUACCGGAAUAAAGGCCACUAUUUUAGCAAUGCAAGAAGAAGGGUAUAAUUUUUCACAUGCGCUAAAAAUUCACCAGAAUUUGUAUAAUGGUUCUGUACACAGCUCAACGGGUUUUACUCCUAAUUCUCUUCACUUUGGUAUAGAAUUGGCUUUGAUUUUUGAUACAUAUAACCCUGAUAUAAAAUGUGUUCAAUUGGACAAAACUCAAUAUAUGGCACAUGUCCUUGAAACCUUACAGAAACAGUAUACCACAGCCUUUUCAAAUUUAGAGAGAAAACAAUAUGAGCAAAAUGUGAAGCAACAUGAAAAUGCUAAGCUCAGGGAUAUCAAGGAAGGGCAAAUAGUGUACUUAAGAUCUAAGGACAAAUUUAAACCAAAAUUUACUGGGCCAUAUCAGGUUAUUAAAAGAUGUAACGCAGUGAAUUAUUUAAUUAGGUUUGCCAACAACUCUUUUGCAAAUACAUUUAAAGUUCAUGUUGAUAGAUUAAGACCUGCAAUCCAUAGGAAACAACAUUAUCAGGGAAAUAGCUCUAAUGUCGAGGAACAAACUCAAGUGUAUAAAACAAGGUAUUACUUAAGAAGUUGUCAAUAA